AUGAAUAAGGAAGUGAAGGUGGUUGUGACGAAGACGCGGCGGGACUUGGGGCUGCCGUGCAUCUUCCGGGAUCGCGAUAAGCUCGAGUGCCAUGUGCCGUCGGAGGAGUUCCAUCGGCGGGACUACAUUAUGGCGCCCGCGACCACCCGAGGUGUCCAGGCGUGCACACCGAUGGGCCUGAGUGUGUGCAACACGGAGAAUGUGGAGUACAUCAGCAAGGGUAUUCAGCACACGGAGGGCGGCUGGCCGAAGGACGUGAACAAGAAUGACUCAGAACAGACGCAGAGGUACAGAAAAAAGAUUGAACGCGAUGAGGCCUAUUCGCGGCAAGUGUUGUCCAUGGCGCGCUCCAUGGAGCACUUUGUGCAGCAGAACAACGCUCUCAACAUCUACGAGUGCUUCUUCGAGGGCCUGGAAGUUAUGGGCACGACUGGACAGUGCGACGCCCGGACUAUCUUAUCAGCGAAGGAUCCCAGCGGAGAACACCGCGCGGUUAAGAGGCUGUCCUGGGCGCCUGAGCGCCAGGACGUCAUUGCAGGCGCAUACUGCUCGCUGUACGGCGAUUCUGGCUCCCCUGAAGCCCUCAUCUGGGACAUCCGCAGCCCCAAUGAGCCCCUGACUGUCCUCAAUGCCUGGUCGCCGCCCAACUGCAUCAAGUACAACUCCAAGGACUUCCACCUGAUGAUUGGCGGUCUGGUGAGCGGUCAAGUGGCGCAGUGGGACCCGCGCGUUGGUCACCAAGCCAUGGCUUUGAGUCCUCGCGAAGUCAGUCACAGGGAAUGCGUGACGGACGUUCUGUGGCUGUCGUCGAAGAACAACACGGAAUUCUUCUCGGGCUCCUCGGAUGGUCAAGUGCUGACGUGGGACGUCAGGCAUCUGCGUGAGCCCAUCGAGGAGCCGCUCAUCAUGGAUCCCGAGAGACCGGAUCAGCCCAGCCUGGAGCGUGCCGAGGGUGUGACCUUCCUGGAGUUCGAGGCCACGAUUCCAACGCGAUUCAUGGUGGGCACUGAGAGAGGACACAUCUUCAGUUGCAACAGGAAGGGCAAGACGUCAGCCGAGAAACUCCCUUUCAAGUACAUGGCUCACUGUGGACCGAUUUACGCCCUGGAGCGCAAUCCGGCCAUCAGCAAGAUGUUCCUGUCCAUCGGUGAUUGGCAAGCGAAGGUGUGGUCCGAGGAGUGCCGCGAGAGCGCCAUCAUCUGGACACGCUUGCACAAGAUGAAUCUCUACUGCGGCGCCUGGAGUCGCACGCGUUUCACGCUCUUCUUCGUGGGGCGCGAAGAUGGUGUUCUGGACGGAUGGGAUUUGCUUCUGGACCAGCACGAGCCCGUGAUCAGCGUGAAGCUGUGCGAUGAACCACUCAUCUCGCUCGUGGUGCACGAGAGUGGCGAAAAAGUUGCCGUUGGGACGGCUGAUGGCACGAUUUUCGCGGUGAAAUUGUCACAAUUCCUCGUGGAGAAUGCCAAGAAUGACAAGGCGCUCUUCACGGAGAUGCUGGAGCGUGAGACGCGUCGACAGAAGGUGAUUGAGGGUAAGAUGAAGGAGAUGAAGCUGAAGAACAAGACGGCACGUGAAGAGGAGGAGCGUGAGAAAUCACCUAAGGAAGAAUUGGCGAUUGACGAUGAGGAAUUGAGUGUUGCUGAGGCAUUUGCAGAUGAAACUGUGCUUCAGGCGGAGAAGAACUUCUUCGGUGUUGUUAAGGAGGAGCGCGAGAAACGUGCACAGGAGGCUGAGAAUCGCAUUGGAGCCGGAAGAGUUAGACGACCACCGCCCAGAAUUGAUAUUGAUGCAGGAAGAGUGGAAUCACUGGAAGUUGUGACGAAGAGUCUCUCUGAGAGGGAUUUCGAAGGGCAUGAAGAGUCAAAUAUCUCCAGCGUCAUGCAGAACUCUGUCGCCACUUUUAGGAGUGAUGGAAUAGCAGGAAUAACACAAUCCGGAGAUUCCAAGACAGAAGACGGAAACAGUAAAUCCGCAACUCUGUCCGGGACCAUACCUUCCCUCUGAAGAGUGCAAGACUUCACUU